UACUUAACCUCAUCACAUUAAAUUGAGGUCUGUUGGUUUUUAAACCAUCCUUCAUUUAUCUUGUCAUCAUUUUCGAGUAAUUUCUUCUAUUUUAUAUUAUUGUGCAAAGUGAACUGAAGAAUAUGCUUAGUGAUUUUUGUACUCAUUAAAUUUGACCAAUGGGAGUUAGUAAGAAUCAGAUCUGACCAAAAUAUGUUAAUAUGGAUUUGAGUAAAGAAACGAAACCUCAACUUGAGCAGCUACUUUACAAUGCAACUUUACUCACAGAAGCAGCCCUUGAAUUGCGAGAAAAGUCUAUCAGCAGUGAUAAGUACAGUAGUUAUCUACGAAGUUUGGCGUGGCGCGCCACUCGCGCUUCCUCCAUAAUUCAGCAAACUAGUCGAAAUUGUUUAAACCUUGCUCAGCGUAUAGCAACAAGUUGUUCGAAGACUUUAGAGGUAAUCCCUGAACCAGCCCUUCGCCAACAGACUGAAAGGCUGCUGUUUAUUUUAGAAAAAGAGCUCAUUGAUGUGAUUGAUUUCGAUCUUGCAGAAAAUCCAUUCGCGUUUACACCAAACAAUCCAAACAAUCUCAGUGAGAAACUACGAAAUCUUGAGAGUCGUGUGAAGCUUGAUAGUGGUUAUUUGUCUCAGUGCAGCAGCGCCAAAAGUUUCAAGCAAGAUGUUGAUGAAAAGUAUCCAGAAAAUUGCUCGCGGGAAUCGCUGUUCGACUUCAAUGUCAUGAAUCUACCUCCAGUGCCAGAGGACAUUUCUAUGAAUUUUAAUAAAAUUGGGAUUCCAUCACACAGUCAGUCAUCCUUGCGCAGUCUACGCAAAGUUAAACACUACACGCAGAAGGCUAUGCCCUCUGAUGAGAGUGAGGAAAGUGAAAAUGAUGAUCAAGAUAUUGCUAGUAUUUCAGGAGAAGGAAGACACAGCUACUGGGAAUUGAUGAAGCAUGUUAACAAGCGCAAAACUUUAGGAAACAUCAAGGAAGAGUCUAGUCAGGACUUGUAAUUUCUAGCUUCCUAUUUUUAUGUAGAAACUUGGGGCACUUGUUAUUGUUAAAAAAAAAUACGGACUUUCCGUUUUCCUUUUCCUCUGAUGCUCACUCACAUGGAACCUCGUUUUCAUUUUAUGUUUAAAAAUGCAGAAUCCGAUAAAAGAAAAUUAAAAUUAAAGUCACAUUUGAGUCGGAGUUGAAUGCUCAGUUUUAUAUCUACUCAUCUAAUAAGACUGAGUGAUCACGAUUC